AUGCAUGUACUAUUUAUUGCCGUUUUCAAGCCUCUAAAAGUGAAAGUGUGGGUAACUCCUAAAAGGAUGAUUUUUGCUGUAGUAGCUGUUACAGUAAUCUCGUUCUUUGAGAUCUGUAACUCCUCUGCUAAUUUUGUAGUGUACACAGUAAUGAACAAAAAGUUUUCAAAUAUCCUUGUUCAGAUGCUGUGUGGCUUACGAAAGAAAAACAGAAGAGAUAAUCAUGAGGUAGUCGAAUGA